AUGACCUAUAGCAAGCUAGAUGUCCACAAGUGGAGACAUGCUGUCAUCGUCUUUACCCUUCCUUAUACGACCAAUUACGCCAACAGAUCUCCCGCUGAUCCAAGUCUGCUUGCCGAACCAUCUCCAUGCGAAACUGUCGAUUACCCUCUGCUGCCCUCUCAAAAUUAUCUGGCUCAGUCCCGCUUCCAGAUCGAUAUCAAGAUGUACCCUAACACGGGACAGGAGCCGUUCAGACUCGUUCCAUUCCUGUGA